CAUGGCGGCCACAGUCUCAGCCCCAGCCUGGGCGGCGAAGGUCAGCGCCGACGGCAGCCGGCACCUGACGGCGUGACCGACCGUGAGCCGAUUUCUUUUGGAUUUGGGCACACAUUAAUAGAUCAUCUGCACUGUGUACAGACACAGUUGCUGAUAUGUGUUCAAGAUGAGUGGGAUGGGAGAAAAUACCUCUGACCCAUCCAGGUCAGAGACAAGGAAGCGAAAGGAAUGUCCUGAUCAGCUUGGACCCAGCCCCAAAAGAAAUACUGAGAAACGUAAUCGUGAACAGGAAAAUAAGUAUAUUGAAGAACUUGCAGAGCUUAUUUUUGCAAAUUUUAAUGAUAUAGACAACUUUAACUUCAAACCUGACAAAUGUGCAAUCUUAAAAGAAACUGUGAAGCAAAUUCGCCAGAUCAAAGAACAAGAGAAAGCAGCAGCUGCCAACAUAGAUGAAGUGCAGAAGUCAGAUGUGUCAUCUACAGGGCAGGGUGUCAUUGACAAGGAUGCUCUGGGGCCUAUGAUGCUGGAGGCCCUUGAUGGGUUCUUCUUUGUGGUGAAUCUGGAAGGCAAUGUGGUGUUUGUUUCAGAGAAUGUGACACAAUAUCUAAGGUAUAACCAAGAAGAGCUGAUGAACAAAAGCGUAUACAGCAUCCUGCACGUUGGGGACCACACUGAAUUUGUCAAAAACCUGCUGCCAAAGUCUAUAGGUAAUAGGGCAGAAGGAAUGGCUAAAAUGGCCCUGAGUUCAAACCCCAGUACCACCAAAAACAAGAGAGAAAGAGAGAAAGAAGUGAACGGGGGAUCUUGGUCUGGAGAACCUCCGAGGCGGAACAGCCAUACCUUCAACUGUCGGAUGCUGGUAAAACCUUUACCUGAUUCAGAAGAGGAAGGUCAUGAUAACCAGGAAGCACACCAGAAAUAUGAAACUAUGCAGUGCUUUGCGGUCUCUCAACCAAAGUCCAUCAAAGAAGAAGGAGAAGUGUUCAGCACGGUGGCCAUGAUUCACAUUUCUCUUGAACACUUAUAA